GAGUCCGACUUUACACAUGAUACCCUUCAUGAUACCCCACCCCCCUCUCGAGGUUCGAUUCUAUCGUUGGGCUGCCUUUUCGAAUUCUGCUUCUGCUGCAUUGCAUCCUGCAUUGCCACGAGCAUGGACAUUCAAUUCACGUCCACACCAUUGUGUUAUUGGUCAUUUGUUUUCAGCAUGGCAGGGCAUAGCGUACGAGGCGUUCCGGUUUUUGGUGGUUAUCUGGAUUUCAGUUGCCACAUCUUGCUUUGCACGGAUUGCACCGCCCGAGGUGGUAGAAAGCCACAGUAGAUCUUGUCGCUUCCUGUCCGUUUUGGUUUCUUGGCGCGACCUCGACGAGGUCUCUCUUGGGCAUCACAGGGAUGGGAGGGGUAAAAAAGCGAGUGACAUUGGGGGUGCACGCUUCGUCGUCUUCUCUUCUCUUCUCAAGACAUGUCUUUUUUGUUCUUUUUUUUUUUUUUUUUUUUUGCACAUGUUGCGGAUCAGGGCCUGGCGUUGGUGGAAACAUAUCUCGAGUGCCCUUUACCGUCUUUGUAUCAUGGGGCACGAAAACUUUCCCGCAUGAGUUUGCGUUGUGUGGUUCUUGAUGUUGUUUUUUGGUACGUUAGAUGAACACUUGUCUGAGGGACAAGCU